AAAAUAGAUACUUCUUAAUUUUUUCUCUUAUUAAAAUUUUAAAGAUAAUAAUAUAUGUUUUUAAUUUGAUCCUAAUCCUAUUACAAUUUAAAUUAAAUUUUGUAUAUAAUAUAAUAAUUUAGGGCUGAAUACAUUAAUGCCCAAAUCUUCAAUCUCUCUUCUUCGUUCAAAUCGCCGGCGUUAAUCUCCACCACGUACCCUCAUCUCUCUUCCUUUCUCGGCAUUCGGCACCACCAUCUAAAUCCGGUGUCUUCCAGGUUUUUGUUCUUUUGUUUCUGUGUAUCUGCACGUGUGUGUUUUUUCAGAUUCAUAUUUGAUAUGAGUUUCAAUUGAAUCCCUUUUAUGUUUUGGUCUGUACUUGAAUUUGUUAGUUACUUUUCAUUUAAUUGAAAUUUAUUUGAUAAAAUUUUACAGAAAUUUAUUUUAGUUUAGAUUAUAGAAAAGCAAAGGAGUGAGCUUGAUCAUUUUACUACUGUCAUAUUAUAUAGAAUUUUGGUAUUUUAAAUUUAUAUAUAUAUAUAAUGAAUUGAUAUGAAUUGGACCAAGAAAGCAGAGUUUAAUAAGAACAAGAAAAAUGAUUGAUUUUUGCUCUGUUGUUGAAUUGAUAUGAAUUGGGCCAAGAAGUCAGAGUUUAGUAAGAACAGGAAAAAAGAUUAAAUUGUGGUCUGUUGUUAAACACCAAAGUUGUUGUUUUUUGCUUGUGGAUUCAUUCUAGGAAAUUGGUACUGAAUUAUAUGGGCUUAACUUAACAGUUGUGUGAAGUGAUUGUUUAUUAGAUUCAGUAGGAAAUUUGUACUGAAUUGUAUUUGUGUUAAUGUAAUGAUAGAAACAAUGUAGGGCAUUUGGGUUUUGGGAUUUUGUUAGAGUGUAAGAUGAAGAUGAUAGAAACUUUUGCUCAAUUUGAUAAGAUCUUGUUGCUUUUGUGUGGAUGAAGAUUUAAGAUAUAUUUUAAUGAGGCAAUUUUAGUAGAAAGAACAUACACACAAACACAGUUAUCUUUCUAUUUUACAAUAAGUAUACAGAAAGAUAAUGCUUCACUGUAUAUACAAACUUUAAAUUUAUGUAUAUUAAGUGUUUGUUUUGUAUCUCAAUAGAAUUUGAUAUUGAAUUCUUUUCUUUUGCAUUUGUGUUCUCAUAUUAGUCCUGAACUGUAUUAUGUAUGUAUGCCAAUCUUUAAUCACAUUGUUUUAAUGUUUGUAUCUGAUGAUUGUUUAGUCUUAAAUUCAGGGCAGCAGAGAAUUAACUCGUUUAACCUUAAUUACCAGUUUUCGUUUCAACCCAUGUUCAGCCCUAAAUUAUACAUAGCUUUCUCAUAGUCACUGAAAUCUGAAAUCUAAAAGUCUAAGCACAACAACUCAAUCAAAUUAAUAUCAUCAUGACUCGUUCUAUGUUGUUCUCUGCCCUCAUGCUCUUCCUAAUCUUAUUGGCCCAAGGCCCAACCCUAACCCAAGCUCGAAAGCCCCACAUAAUCAAUUUCCGAUCUCCAAAUCUCUACCCGGAAGGAAUCACAUGGGACCCAUUAGCCCAACAUUUUAUCCUUGGUUCUGUACGUGACCGAACCAUUGUCUCUGUCUCUGAUGCUGGCGUCGUCGAAACCCUAAUUUUCGAUCCUGAUUUACCUGAGAACGUCACCAUCCUUGGCCUCACCUACGACACUGUCAACAAUCGCCUUCUAGCCGCUAUCAAUGCUAUCGAACCGCUCCCUAAUUUUGGUGCUCUAGCCGCCUAUGACCUUCGCACACGCCGCCGAGUUUUCCUUUCUCACCUUCCCACCGACGGAGAUGAUCUCAAGAGACCAGGCCCGAACGCUGUUGCAGUUGACUUUAAGGGCAACGCUUAUGUAACCAACUCGAUUGGUAACUAUAUAUGGAAGGUUAACAAUCAAGGAGAAGCUUCAAUUUUCUCCAAAUCGCCACUCUUCACUGCUUAUCCCGUCGAUCAAGAAUCACCGUUCAGCUUUUGCGGCUUAAACGGCAUUGUCUACUCGAGCAAGGGUUACCUUUUAGUGGUUCAGACCAAUACCGGGAAAAUGUUCAAAGUCAACGAGGACAACGGUAACGCCAGGUUGGUCUUACUAAACGAAGAUAUGCCUAUAGCCGAUGGAAUGGCGAUCCGAAAAGACGGUGUCGUUUUGGUGAACUCUCCUAAGAAGGUUUGGAUGUUGAAAAGCCAAGAUAGUUGGGGAGAAGGAGUGGUAUAUGACAAAAUUGACCUUGAUGAAGCUAGGUUUCCUACUUCUUUGACUAUAGGGAAUGAUGGGAGGGUAUAUGUGGUAUAUGGACAUUUGUUGGAGGCUUUUAUGGGAAAUUCAGGUAGGGAUAAUUUUGGAAUAGAAGAAGUGAUUUCAGAGAAAGAGAAUAGAGAAGAUAGUGUUUGGAUAUUUGUGUUACUUGGGUUGGGAUUAGCUUAUUUCAUGUUUUGGAGAUUCCAAAUGCGACAACUAAUCACCAAUGUUGACAAGAAGACUAAUUGAUAAUUUAUGUUAGAAUGUGAUUUUUGGUUUUUUUGUGUAAUAUGAUUAGUUUUAAUUUAACAAGACAUUUCAUAUUUUGCAUUUCUUUUUGAUUUUUAUA